AUGGACGCCAUGCAGCCAAGGGCUGACGAGGAGGGUGCCGCGCCGGCGGGCGGCGCGACCGCGGCGGUCGCCGUGGCGCCGGCGCCACCCGCCCCGUGGUCCACCGGGCUCUUCGACUGCUUCGACGACGUCGGCAACUGCUGCGUGACGUGCCUGUUCCCGUGCAUCACGUUCGGGCAGGUGGCGGAGCUCGUGGACCGGGGGUCGACGUCGUGCGGCGCGAGCGCGGCGCUGUACACGGUGAUCGUGGCGCUGACGGGGUACGGGUUCCAGAGCAUCUACUCCUGCUUCUACCGCGCCAAACUGCGCGCGCAGUUGGGCCUGCGGGAGGACCCCUGCCCCGACUGCCUCGUCCACUUCUUCUGCGAGUGGUGCGCGCUCUGCCAGGAGUACCGCGAGCUCAACAACCGAGGCUUCGACAUGAACAUAGGAUGGCACGCCAACAUGGAGAGGCAAGGCCACGCCGCCGCCGCCGCCAUGCCGCCGCAGAUGCAGCCCGGGAUGACCCGCUGA